AUGACAGCAGAUUUACGUGGGACUGAAUUGAUGAAACCUUUUCAAUGGCUAGAAGAGCAUCCACCUACACAAGGUCAUUCUCGUCAAAUUUUUCUUCUUACCGAUGGUGAAAUUUCGAAUGUUAACGAAGUGCUUGAUCUAUGCCCUGAAUGGAUUUCACCAGUCAAAAUUGAAAAUAUUUUGGAACAACUGCCAGAAAUUUCAUCAGCAUUUGUCUUAGGUGAUUCAAGUUAUGCUUAUGUGGUAGCCAUUGUAUGUCCAUCUGAAAUUGGUAAAACAUUGAAUGAAUCUGAAAUGUUACAAUUGAUUCGAUUUUAUGGCGCACAUUGUGGUUUACGUGGAUCAGAAAUACCUCAAUGUACUUACAUCGAACGAGAUAUUAUUUGGAAUGCCGCAAACGGUCUAAUGAAAGAGAAAAAAUGUCGUGCAGCAUUAUUGAAACAUUAUGCUCAAGUCAAAAUCGAUCUUUUCCAUCAAGAAAAUGUUCAAGAACAUCUAAAAAAUCUUGAUUUGAAUAUCGAAUUCGUAUCCAUAUUAGAAAAUGUCUUAAAUCGUUCUUUAAAAGGACAUAUCAAUGGUAGAAAUACAUUCUUAGAAAUUGGCGCUGAUUCCUUAGCUGUUGCUCGUUUAUGCAAAGUCUAUCAUGAACGUGAUAUUCCUUUGAAUCCAUCGGCUGUAUACAAUUAUCAAUUAGAUCAUCUCGAAGAAAUAUUACUGAAAAAACAUGUUGUUUAUAAUGAAAUCAUAAUCGAUAUUGAUUGGAAAAAGGAAUAUCAACUUCCUCAUCGAAUCAAAAGUCUUAUUCGAAAAUCAUCAAGUCCACGAAAGACGAAUAUCUUAGUUACUGGUUGUACUGGAUUUUUAGGUCCACUACUCAUAAGUGAAAUCGUCAGCAAAACAGAUAAUAGUGUUAUGAUUUAUUGUUUGAUCCGAGCGAAUGAUAUCGAACAUGCACAACGACGUCUAAAACAAGAUUUACAAAAGUGUGAACGUUUUUCUUCAAUCGAUUGGACAAGAAUUCGAUGCAUUGUUGGUGAUGUAUCGAAAGAAAACCUUGGUUUAACUCAGAAUUUCUACAAUGAACUAACGCAACAAAUUGGCUUGAUUUAUCAUAAUGCAUCCGUUGUUAAUUUACAAGUACCUUAUAAAGCUUUGAAAGAAUCGAAUGUUUUUGGUACGUUGAAUUGUUUGGAAUUCGCAGUGAAAUCAAAUGCUCGAUUCGUUUACACAAGUUCUACAGCUUCAUUGCCUGCUUUGAUCGAUUUUAAAGAAGAUUUAAAUGGAUGGGUAACAUUGACAUCGAAUGAUAUGAAUCUCAAAGAUGGUUAUGGACAAUCAAAAGUUGUUGUUGAACAAUUAUUAUAUACGGCUUCAAAUUUAGGUGCCGAUAUUGUUGUUAUUCGACCUUGUACGAUUUCUGCUGAUACUCGAACAGGUUUUAGCAAUCUUUACGAUUUUAUUAAUUUGUUAUUACGUGCCGAAGUUGAAAUGGGAUGUAUGGUUGAAAAUGCUGAUUUACAACUACAUUCUAUACCAGUAGAUUAUUGUUCCAAAGCUAUCGUUGCUUUAGCUAUGCAUUCUGAUAGUGAAGGACAUUGUUUUAAUUUCUAUGGAAAUGGUUUGAGUAUCUCAAGUCUACAUAAUGCCCUUGUUCAACAAUUACCUGGUGUAAUAAAGAAAAAAAUUGAACAGAACAAUUGGAAACAAUAUGUGUUGAAGAAUCUGCCUGAAAAUAGUCCAGCAUGGCGAAUGAGAGAGCAAAUUGCUUCAAUGAUAUUUAUAAGUGGACAUUUUCAACAACAAAAAUCUGGUGUUCAAAUAGAAAUGACCAAAGAGUUUCUCGAGAAGAAAUGUGCUUUGAAUUGGUUCGAAGUGACAGAGAAAGAUCUAAUUAAAUCAAUUGAAUAUAUGAUUAAUGUUGGAUUUCUAUCCUGUCAACCAUCUUAA